AUGGCUAACAUUGAGACACCUAUACCUUUAUCGGAUAUCGAAUCAGUUUUGGCUUGGGUUGACACGUUCAAACUAUCUCGACCUACGAAGAAGAUUAAUCGGGACUUUUCUGAUGCAGUCCUUCUAGCAGAAAUCCUCAGCGUGCACUACCCAAAGCUGGUGGAGAUGCACAAUUAUCCACCUCGCAACAGUCACUCUUUGAAGCUGAACAACUGGAUGACGCUGAACAGGAAAGUGCUGAAGAAGCUGAAGCUCAAUCUAUGCUGCAAUACAAUGGAACAGCUCGCCAACUGCGCUCCUGGGAUCGUCGAGAGGGUACUUGUUAUGGUUCGAGAUAAGAUUCGUCGUGACGAAGAAUUACACAAGGCUGCCAAGGAACAGGAACAGAACUUGUCCAGCGGUGGCAGCUACUACGAAGCCUGUGGAGACGACGAACACGUACUGGUUAUACCAGUUAAAACAAGAGUCAACGGAGUGCUGGAGAGUUUGCAGCAAAAAGUCAUCAAUUACGAGUCGUACUGCGCUCUCAAAGAGGAGCUCAAGGAUGCUAAGGAGGCUGCAGAAGUACUGAAACAGAAGGUUGAACACCUAGACAAUCUAUUGAAAUUGAAAGAAGAAAGGAUCGAUGAAUUGCAAAACCAGUUGGAGAGGAAACAAGCUCGGCGAAAGGAGGUGGAAGCCCUCACAAACACUAUAUCUGUACCAUUCGAAAACGCCCCUCCGACGCCAAAAAUUAAUGAUCCAAUCAUACAGCCAAACAAAACGAAUUCCCUUAAAAGUAUAGACUCUAAAAGUAAGAUAGAUGAUUCCAAAAUACCAGUCGCUAAAGAAUCUUUGAAAAGUAUUCCUAAAUCAAGCCUCACUGAAGUCAGUGUCACAGAGAGUGAGAAAUGUACGGCAGACAGAAUAAAAUCCGAUGUCUUCAUUGAAAUGGAAGAAAGAGUCGAAGAUUAUCCUGAUGCUGAAGUCUUUGAAGAAUUCAAGGACAGUGAACAAGAAAACCUCGUAAUGACAAUCGAAGAUACGAUACAGAAGGAGCUAAAAGAUAUUACAGAUAAACCAAAGGAAUUUGGACAAGAUUUGAACAUGAUUUUUAAUAAGAAUUGA